UGUCCCCCUCCCCUUUCCCACUCGCGGGCAGCUCUGGGCCUAUAAAGAGAGGCGUCGGAGGCUAGCAGGAGAUUUGGACGCCCCUGCCUGGGAGGUGUGGCAGGUCUGAGCUCUCCAUCCGAUUGCUUCUCCGUUAUAUCCCAGUUGGAGAUCUGGGACCAACCAGGCACCAUGGCACAGAAGGGCCAGCUCAGUGAUGAUGAGAAAUUCCUCUUUGUGGACAAAAACUUCAUCAACAGCCCAGUGGCCCAGGCUGAUUGGGCUGCCAAGAAGCUGGUCUGGGUCCCUUCAGAGAAGCAGGGUUUCGAGGCGGCCAGCAUCAAGGAGGAGAAGGGCGAUGAGGUGGUUGUGGAGCUAGUGGAGAAUGGCAAGAAGGUUUCAGUCAACAAAGAUGACAUCCAGAAGAUGAACCCGCCUAAGUUCUCCAAAGUGGAGGAUAUGGCAGAGCUGACGUGCCUCAAUGAAGCCUCCGUGCUCCAUAACCUGAGGGAGAGGUACUUCUCAGGACUCAUAUACACAUACUCUGGCCUCUUCUGCGUGGUAAUCAACCCCUACAAGCAACUGCCCAUCUACUCGGAGAAAAUCGUCGACAUGUACAAGGGCAAGAAGCGGCACGAGAUGCCGCCCCACAUCUACGCCAUCGCUGACACGGCCUACAGGAGCAUGCUGCAAGAUCGGGAGGACCAGUCCAUUCUAUGCACAGGCGAGUCUGGAGCUGGGAAAACUGAAAACACCAAGAAAGUCAUCCAGUACCUGGCUGUGGUGGCUACCUCGCACAAGGGCAAGAAGGACACGAGCAUUACGCAAGGUCCAUCUUUUACCUACGGUGAGCUGGAAAAGCAGCUUCUACAAGCAAACCCGAUUCUGGAGGCUUUUGGUAAUGCCAAAACAGUCAAGAAUGACAACUCCUCACGCUUCGGCAAAUUCAUCCGCAUCAACUUCGAUGUCACUGGUUACAUCGUGGGAGCCAACAUUGAGACGUACCUGCUAGAAAAGUCGCGGGCUAUUCGCCAAGCCAGAGACGAGAGGACAUUCCACAUCUUUUACUAUCUGAUUGCUGGAGCCAAGGAGAAGAUGAGAAGUGACUUGCUUCUGGAGGGAUUCAACAACUACACAUUCCUGUCCAAUGGCUUUGUGCCCAUCCCAGCUGCUCAGGAUGAUGAGAUGUUCCAGGAAACCUUGGAGGCUAUGUCGAUCAUGGGCUUCAGUGAAGAGGAGCAGCUGUCCAUGCUGAAGGUGGUGUCAUCUGUCCUGCAGCUUGGAAAUAUCGUCUUCAAGAAGGAAAGGAACACAGACCAGGCGUCCAUGCCAGAUAACACAGCUGCUCAGAAAGUUUGCCACCUCAUGGGGAUUAAUGUGACAGAUUUCACCAGAUCCAUCCUGACCCCACGUAUCAAAGUCGGGCGGGACGUGGUACAGAAAGCUCAGACGAAAGAACAGGCAGACUUUGCCAUUGAGGCUCUGGCCAAAGCCACUUACGAGCGUCUUUUCCGCUGGAUACUCAGCCGUGUGAACAAGGCCCUGGACAAGACCCACCGGCAAGGGGCCUCAUUCCUGGGGAUCCUGGACAUUGCUGGAUUUGAGAUCUUUGAGGUGAAUUCGUUCGAGCAGCUGUGCAUCAAUUACACCAACGAGAAGCUGCAGCAGCUCUUCAACCACACCAUGUUCAUCCUGGAGCAGGAGGAGUACCAGCGCGAGGGCAUCGAGUGGAACUUCAUUGACUUUGGACUGGAUUUGCAGCCCUGCAUUGAGCUCAUUGAGCGGCCGAACAACCCUCCAGGCGUGCUGGCCUUGCUGGACGAGGAGUGCUGGUUCCCCAAAGCCACAGACAAGUCCUUCGUGGAGAAGCUGUGCACAGAGCAGGGCAACCACCCCAAGUUUCAGAAGCCUAAGCAGCUCAAGGACAAAACUGAGUUCUCCAUCAUCCACUAUGCUGGGAAGGUGGACUACAAUGCCAGCGCCUGGCUGACCAAGAACAUGGACCCACUGAAUGACAACGUGACUUCUCUCCUCAAUGCCUCCUCAGACAAGUUUGUGGCUGACCUGUGGAAGGAUGUGGACCGCAUUGUGGGGCUGGACCAGAUGGCCAAGAUGACAGAGAGCUCGCUGCCCAGCGCCUCCAAGACCAAGAAGGGCAUGUUCCGCACAGUGGGGCAGCUCUACAAAGAGCAGCUGGGGAAGCUGAUGACCACGCUGCGCAACACCACGCCCAACUUUGUGCGCUGCAUCAUCCCCAACCACGAGAAGAGGUCUGGCAAGCUGGAUGCCUUUCUGGUGCUGGAGCAGCUGCGGUGCAAUGGGGUGUUAGAGGGCAUCCGGAUCUGCCGUCAGGGCUUCCCCAACAGGAUCGUCUUUCAGGAGUUCCGCCAACGCUACGAGAUCCUGGCCGCAAACGCCAUUCCCAAAGGCUUCAUGGACGGGAAGCAGGCCUGCAUCCUCAUGAUCAAAGCCCUAGAACUCGACCCCAACUUGUACAGGAUUGGCCAGAGCAAAAUCUUCUUCCGAACGGGGGUCCUGGCCCACCUGGAGGAGGAGCGAGAUCUGAAGAUCACCGACGUCAUCAUGGCUUUCCAGGCCAUGUGCCGCGGCUACCUGGCCAGAAAGGCCUUCGCCAAGAGGCAGCAGCAGCUGACGGCCAUGAAGGUGAUUCAGAGGAACUGUGCCGCCUACCUCAAGCUGCGCAACUGGCAGUGGUGGAGGCUCUUCACCAAGGUGAAGCCCCUGCUGCAGGUGACGCGGCAGGAGGAGGAGAUGCAGGCCAAGGAGGAUGAGCUGCAGAAGAUCAAGGAGCGGCAGCAGAAGGCAGAGGGCGAGCUCAAGGAGCUGGAGCAGAAGCACACGCAGCUGGCAGAGGAGAAGAACCUGCUGCAGGAGCAGCUGCAGGCGGAGACGGAGCUGUAUGCUGAGGCUGAGGAGAUGCGCGUCCGACUGGCAGCCAAGAAGCAGGAGCUGGAGGAGAUCCUGCAUGAGAUGGAGGCCCGCCUGGAGGAGGAGGAAGACCGGGGCCAGCAGCUCCAGGCAGAAAAGAAGAAGAUGGCGCAGCAGAUGCUGGACCUGGAAGAACAGCUGGAGGAGGAGGAAGCUGCGAGGCAGAAGCUACAACUCGAGAAGGUCACAGCCGAGGCCAAGAUCAAGAAACUGGAGGAUGAUAUCCUGGUCAUGGAUGAUCAGAACAAUAAACUGACAAAAGAGCGAAAACUCCUUGAAGAAAGGAUUAGUGACUUAACAACAAAUCUUGCAGAAGAGGAAGAAAAGGCGAAAAAUCUUACCAAGCUAAAAAACAAGCACGAAUCUAUGAUUUCAGAACUGGAAGUGCGGCUGAAGAAGGAGGAGAAGAACCGGCAGGAGCUGGAGAAGCUGAAACGGAAGCUGGAGGGUGAGGCCAGCGACUUCCACGAGCAGAUCGCGGACCUGCAGGCACAGAUCGCGGAGCUCAAGAUGCAGCUGGCCAAGAAAGAAGAGGAGCUGCAGGCAGCCCUGAGCAGGCUCGAUGAUGAAAUUGCUCAGAAGAACAACGCCCUGAAGAAGAUCCGGGAGCUGGAGGGUCACAUCUCAGACCUCCAGGAGGACCUGGACUCAGAACGGGCUGCAAGAAACAAGGCUGAGAAGCAGAAGCGAGACCUGGGGGAGGAGCUGGAGGCACUGAAGACAGAGCUGGAGGACACGCUGGACAGCACGGCCACCCAGCAGGAGCUCAGGGCCAAGAGGGAGCAGGAGGUGACGGUGCUGAAGAAGGCCCUGGAUGAGGAGACCCGGUCCCACGAGGCCCAGGUCCAGGAGAUGAGGCAGAAGCACACCCAGGCAGUGGAGGAGCUCACGGAGCAGCUCGAGCAGUUCAAGAGGGCCAAGGCAAAUCUGGACAAGAACAAGCAGACGCUGGAGAAGGAGAACGCAGACCUGGCUGGCGAGCUGCGGGUCCUGAGCCAGGCAAAGCAAGAGGUGGAGCACAAGAAGAAGAAGCUGGAGGUGCAGCUGCAGGAGCUGCAGUCCAAGUGCAGCGAUGGGGAGCGGGCCCGGGCUGAGCUCAACGACAAGGUCCACAAGCUGCAGAAUGAAGUGGACAGUGUCACAGGGAUGCUCAACGAAGCAGAGGGGAAGGCCAUCAAACUGGCCAAGGACGUAGCAUCUCUCGGGUCCCAGCUCCAGGACACCCAGGAGCUGCUUCAAGAAGAAACCCGGCAGAAGCUCAAUGUGUCCACCAAGCUGCGCCAGCUGGAGGAUGAGAGGAAUAGCCUGCAGGACCAGCUGGAUGAGGAGAUGGAGGCCAAGCAGAACCUGGAGCGCCACAUCUCAACUCUGAACAUCCAGCUCUCUGAUUCAAAGAAGAAGCUGCAGGACUUUGCCAGCACCGUGGAAUCCCUAGAAGAGGGCAAGAAGAGGUUCCAGAAGGAAAUCGAAGGCCUCACCCAGCAGUACGAAGAGAAGGCAGCUGCUUAUGACAAACUGGAAAAGACCAAGAACAGGCUUCAGCAGGAGCUGGACGACCUGGUCGUUGAUUUGGACAACCAGCGGCAACUGGUGUCCAACCUGGAAAAGAAGCAGAGGAAGUUUGAUCAGUUGUUAGCUGAGGAGAAAAACAUCUCUUCCAAAUAUGCGGAUGAAAGGGACCGAGCUGAGGCAGAAGCCAGGGAAAAGGAGACCAAGGCCUUGUCUCUGGCACGGGCCCUUGAAGAGGCCUUGGAAGCCAAAGAGGAGCUUGAAAGGACCAACAAGAUGCUCAAAGCUGAGAUGGAGGACCUGGUUAGCUCCAAGGACGACGUGGGCAAGAACGUCCAUGAGCUGGAGAAGUCCAAGCGGGCCCUGGAAACCCAGAUGGAGGAAAUGAAGACCCAGCUGGAGGAGCUGGAAGAUGAGCUGCAGGCGACAGAAGAUGCCAAGCUGCGGCUGGAGGUCAACAUGCAGGCCCUCAAGGGCCAGUUUGAGCGAGACCUGCAGGCCCGGGACGAGCAGAAUGAGGAGAAGCGCAGGCAGCUCCAGAGGCAGCUCCACGAGUAUGAGACGGAACUGGAAGAUGAGCGAAAGCAACGUGCCCUGGCAGCCGCGGCCAAGAAGAAGCUGGAAGGGGACCUGAAAGACCUGGAGCUGCAGGCUGAUUCAGCCAUCAAGGGGAGGGAGGAGGCCAUCAAGCAGCUGCGGAAACUGCAGGCUCAGAUGAAGGACUUCCAGAGAGAGCUGGAAGACGCCCGGGCCUCCAGGGACGAGAUCUUUGCCACAGCCAAAGAGAAUGAGAAGAAAGCCAAGAGCUUAGAGGCAGACCUCAUGCAGCUUCAGGAGGAUCUAGCCGCAGCCGAGAGGGCUCGCAAACAGGCAGACCUAGAGAAGGAGGAACUGGCUGAGGAGCUGGCCAGCAGCGUGUCGGGAAGAAAUACUCUUCAGGAUGAGAAGCGCCGCCUCGAGGCCCGGAUCACACAGCUGGAGGAGGAGCUGGAAGAGGAGCAGGGCAACAUGGAGGCCAUGAGUGACCGUGUCCGGAAGGCCACGCAGCAGGCUGAGCAGCUCAACAAUGAGCUGGCUACAGAGCGCAGCGCGGCCCAGAAGAACGAGAGUGCCCGGCAGCAGCUCGAGCGGCAGAACAAGGAGCUCCGGAGCAAGCUGCAGGAGAUGGAGGGUGCAGUCAAGUCCAAGUUCAAGUCCACUAUUACGGCACUGGAGGCCAAGAUUGCACAGCUGGAGGAACAGGUUGAACAGGAGGCCAGAGAGAAGCAGGCGACUUCCAAGUCGCUGAAGCAGAAGGACAAGAAGCUGAAGGAGGCCCUGCUGCAGGUGGAGGACGAGCGCAAGGCGGCGGAGCAGUACAAGGAGCAGGCAGAGAAAGGAAACACAAGGGUCAAGCAACUCAAGAGGCAGCUGGAGGAGGCGGAGGAGGAGUCCCAGCGCGUCAACGCCAACCGCAGGAAGCUGCAGCGGGAGCUGGACGAGGCCACGGAGAGCAACGAGGCCAUGGGCCGGGAGGUGAACGCGCUCAGGAGCAAGCUCAGAGGCCCCCUCCCCCAGGACACUCCGCAAUGACUCACCAGGCGUGGAAACGAGACCACUUUUGUUCCGUCUAGAAGGUCUGGAGGACGGAGAGUUAUUGAAAACGCAGAUGCUUCUGAGGAGGAGAUGGACGCCCGCGACGCAGACUUCAACGGAACCAAAACCAGUGA